AGAGCUAAGCAAACUACGCGUGUGGGAUUGCACAUGAGUGUUACACAAUAUCUCAUCAACUAGAAGCGGUACUACUAUAGAAUGUAUCCUUCUGAAAUGACUGCUGACAGAGAAAUGUAACCUGGCCCGCACGAACACAAUAUGGUUCGCAUCAAGAACAGAUAUCUGCUUAUCAAUUUUUUGUACCCUACACCUUCAAAGGCGUCAGCAAAAGAACCGCUUCCAGAUGUGGUAUAUUUCCAACAACCAAGUUCUGACGCUUUGACACCGCAGUUCUUGAUAAGACUGAUUCGAGAUGGCAUCCUCGAAAUGUAUGGCGAAUAUGGCGCUGGAGCAGUCGGUAGCGGCUUGAAGGUGAAUUACCUUUCCGCCGCAACCUCGACUGCGAUCAUACGAGCCCCGCGAAAUCAUUAUCGUCUCGUCUGGGGUGCACUUUCAUUCAUUACUAAGCUUCCAGCACCGGUCAGCCAGCAAUGUGUAAUACGUGUUGUGCGUGUAUCAGGAACUAUCAGGAAAUCCGAGGACGAAGUUAUUCGGCGGGCAAAGGAAACGAUUAUGAAGGCUCAGACUGCUGCAAAGCUCAUAGGCAGAGACGCAGGUGCCCAACUACAGCAGGUCGUUAAUCAACCAACCCCACGAUUGCAAGACAGCGAAGGUAUCGAGGACGAUGAUACAAAUGAAGAGGACGAUGAGAUGGAGGACGUCGGCGAGAAAAUCGAACGAUGAUAUUGUGCGAAGCCCAGGCGUCAACAUGCACAUUGCGUUGAUAGACAACAUUUUGAGACAAAUUGACACACCAAGCAACUACUGCAAUAAACGAAAGAAGCCACUUAUCGCAGCUACGAGUAACAUAAGCCCGGAAUGAAACGAAAGUCAGUACUUGGCGAUCGGACUUGAAUCAAGUGGCACAGAAUCAAGUGGCACAGAAUCACACACCAUGGAAGAAGAUACAAAGUGUCAGGGUAUCUUUGUUUCAAAUGAUGGGAAUACUAUCCCCUGGAUUUCAGGAUUGCCUAGCUUGUCCAAUACACACAAAGCCAAAGUUCAGAACUUGGUAGCAAGUACAGCAUUUGACAGUACUGUAUGAUAUAGUUAAUUCGGAUGCCUUUGAAGUAAGACUGUCAUAAUCGAAUCACAUGCCAUG